GGUUGAUCCUCUUUCUCUCUCUCUCCUCUCUCUUCCUCCUCCUGUCUCUCCUCCUCCCUCUUCCUCCUUCCCCUCCACUUCUUUCUUCUUUCUCCUCUUCACUACUAUACCUUUUUAUUCACCUCAACCUUUCACUCUCUCAACUUCACUUCGCCCUCUCCCGACACUUCCGCCCAUCCUCUCCUUGGCCCGUUCCCGUGGCCGUCCGCUCCUUACAACAACAUCAGUCUCCUUCGUCAACCAGUACGACACCUUAACCUUAACUCCCUCGAUUUCGAUACAUUCAUUCGAUUCGCCUUGUUUUAAAGCGUUGUUCGACCACUCGAUCAGUUACAAAAGCGAUUGUGGAGGCUUCUUGUAUCUUGGGUUUCAGACCGUUUUUUGCAACAAUAUACUUCGACUUGUAUUCUUUCGGCUCGUAUUUCUCGGAUCUCGGGACCUCGCUUCUUUCUCGGUGCGACUAUUGAGAGUUUGGAUUUGAGGAUUCAAUGGUACCAUUGCAGAACUGAAGGCCUCCAGACAACACCGGGCUUUCCAAUCAUUGUAGGGAAGUCACCAAGGUCUGGAGGUCCCCGUGCGUCGUCGAGGUCACAUCAACUGUGUCCAUCACUUGUUACGGCGUGAUUCAAGUCAUUAUUGCAUCAAGGUUUAAUCGGUAUCAUCCAGACCUCUUGAUCAACCCGGCAUAUCGUUAUGGCUUCGAUAUCCCUUCCUCCACAGCCACAAGCUAGUCCGGCAUUCUCUCCAUAUCUUCCCUCAGCUGAUCGGUCUCCUGAGGGUCACAGCCGCCGCAAUCUGAGAAUGUCUGCUCCGCUUCCAAACCCACACUUCGUCUUUCCAGCCCGGGAUCCUAGCGAUGAGACACCCAAGUCAUCGGAGACCGGUGCGAGGACUGCUCUGCCGCUCCCAGCGUUCUCUUACAAUCCGGGCGCUCAACAUUCGUCACAACCAUCGAUGCCCUCUCUUUCCCCAGGUAGGCCAGCUGGACACCGCAGACGAUGCAGUGAGUUCGUUGGUGGAGAACAUCCGAUCAUUCCGGCUGGGUCCAUCGAGGCCACUCAAGGCAAGGAUGACAACUUAGCGCCAGCACCCGCCAAACUCCCCGCUCCAGGGCCCGGCUUCAGUGCGGGUAGUCAAGGAAAACGCCGUCAUGCCCAUCGCCGCUCGGCUGCUAUAUCCAGCGUGGAUCUCACGGCUAUCUCGAAUGCGCUAGACUUGAAACCACCCAUUGGAAGUGCUCCAUGCUUUCCGGCAGACACAACGCGCGAAGGCCAUGCUUCUAAUGAACCUCCCAGGCCAGUCUCUCAGUCUGCAACCAUUCUGACCCGGCGAUCUCCUCCAGUAUCGCCUACCAUCGUGAUUGAGGAAGACCACUCAGAGCCUGCUGAACCUGGUACUCCUAGCUAUGUUCCCACGCCCGAACGCCACUCGGCCGAAAUUUUGUCGAAAGAAAUUGAGCCGGCGGCAACACCAGGAUUUGGUGCUUCCGCUAGAAAUAGCGGCUAUACUUGCUUUUCUCCUGCAGUCGACAACACACAACCUAAGGCUGAGAAGUCAAGGCCAAGACCUCGAACUGCGGAUGCAUCCUUCAUGCUAGACCCGAGCAAGACCGCCAACGUGGACGAUGCAUCGCCCAUGAAACGGCCAUUGUCUGCGGCAGGCCACUCGCGUAAUCGCAAAAGCUUGUCCUCGGGGAUUCUCGAGCAUCUUGCAGGCUCAUCGCGUCGUUCCUCUUCCUCUUCCAGUGGUUCAGAAAGCAGCUCGAAUACCUCGGUAAGCGAGACAAAUGAAUCGUCGGAAUCUCCGUCAGGCAAAAAGAAAUCGAAAGCCAAGAAAAGGCAGAAGAAAGUGCGGUCUUGGGCGGGCGCUCUUCUGACAAGAGGUAAAAAUAAGCGGCAUACGAAGAAGGACAUGCCGAUAUCAAAGUCCACUGCCUCUCCCCCUGCAUUAACCAGGACAAAUUCGGAUCUUGGUUCGGGCUUGGACGUCGAUUUCGAUGAUGACAACAUCGUCGUCUUGCGAACACCCACCAACCCGGCUACACCGGAGUCGAGUCACCUGCCUCCAGAGGAGGAGCUACAACCUAGCCUGGAUAACUCUUGGAAGCCAAGGAGCUUCUACGAACAGAAUACUCAGAAUGAUGCCUUUAGUCCAGUGAUAGAUCUUGAUGCAGCUCUGGGUCCAUUCAAUACCCCUGAUAUGCGGUCUAGUCGUGUUGCAGAGAGCGGUUUCUCGGCGGCAACGAAGCGGAUGUACAGUGGUGGACGACGGGGUGAAUUCAUAGGUCCGGAGAUGCGCUAUCAUCGCCGUGCAGAGAGCGCUCCGGAAAUGCCCCCCUUUGAUCGCAGCUUUCUCGGUGGCAACCGAUUUGUCACCACUUCAACCUUGGAGAACCCUGAUGUUCUGUACGAAGAAGAGGAGGAUGCUUUUCUUGCUGCCACCGGCGAUGCUCAACAGGAAUCUGUUGAGCAAUCAGGGCCGCAGGUGGCCACAUCCGACACGGCUGAUGCAGAUAGGCAAUCUGCGGAUAGCAAAGACAGCUCUGAUACCCUGACACACCAGCCGCUUGCUCAAGAAACUAACAAGGGCGAUUUACCUCACGCUGGUCUGGGUAUACAGAAGGACGAACCGAACGAUGCCACGGACAUUGUUGCUACCCGUCCGGAUCAGGAGGAGCAGAAGCUCACCGCAAAGCAGACCUCGCUCGCUCAAUUCCACAAUGCGGCUAACCCUUUCUCUGCUCAGCUGCAGAGUUCGACAGAGACGGACAGACAGGAAUGGCAACAUAAGCCUGUUCCACCGAGUCCUGACAUCUCGCCUCGAUUUAUGCCUGCUGACCGAACUACCACCCCACUGGAACUGACCCCCAAUAUUCCUCCAUUGUCUCUCCAAGGCAACAACUCUCUUCCAAACUCUUCUUUCCCAUCUCCCGACUUCACACUGUCUUCCGACGUUCCUCGCUCAGUCACGACUUCGUCCACGACCGACCGUAAUUUUUCGAACCCCUCAUACAAUCCCUCGGUGGAUCUUCCUCAGGGUUCAGUUGAGGAUGUGCCCUCACUGACCAGCAGUGCAUCAACGACGACAAACACAUUGAACCGGAUCUCCGGCACAUUCUUCACUCGCCCUCGCUUGUCCACUGAUCGUUCGGCGUCUUUUUCUGCCGCUGUGCGCCGUCGUACCAGCCAAGCCAACAGCUCUAAAAGAUCCAGUCUCGCCAGUCUCUCCAAGCUGGUUGUUGGGCCCCACGCAGAACGGAGCAAGCUUAGCUACGAAGAGAAGCCACCGGAAGAUGAGCCUGAAAGAGCCAAGAAGAAGGGUCUUCGGAUCAGCCGUCUCAUGCACUUCUGGCGAAUUAAAGACAAGGACAAGUCCUGUCAUGAACAUGGUGUUCGGGAUCAGCGGCCCUCUUGAGCCAUCGCUGCUGAGACCAUUGUCUGCCCCUUGUACAUAUCUAACCUUAUGAUUCUCUUGACGUGGUCUUUGCAAGAUCUACUUUUUUUCAUCUUUAUUUCCCCUUCUUCUUUCUCCCUUUUACUUCUUUUCUUUUUGAUUUUUACUCGGACCGGUUCACCUUUCUGCGUGUUGGGUGGUAACUGACGAAUCUCUUUUUCAUCGAUAUGUGGUUAAGCGUAAGAGUAUGAAAGCUCUAUCUUGUUUAUUCCUUUCUUGUCUCUCGUUCAUGGCCGGUUGCAGUUGUGAACAAUGCCUUCAUCUCCGUUCGCUAUCUAAUGUUUCAGGGCCCUUCUACUGUUUCAUUCUUCUUCUUUCUCAGCUUCUUUUGAUUUCACAUUCAUCUAUCUUUCUUUUUUCUUGCAUUCAUUAUGGCAUCCAUCUUUGUGUCAUUCUUUUUUCCACGAGACUCUUCUUACACGGGCUCACUGGUUUUGUUGGCGAUUCUGAAAUGGGGUCCUUUUUUAUUCGACUUCCUUGGGAGGUGCAUGUCUUUCAAAUCACGAAGUGCAAGCAUCUUUGCCACUUUGAGCGUGCAGAGCUACAUGCGUACAGUAUGAGCUGCUAACAGACAAUUCAAUCUACACUCUGCGUCAUCAAAUUGAUGGCGUCUACUCAGUAACC